CAGUGGUCCUGAAGAUGGUGAGUUUAUGCUUAAGCACUACAUCCGUUUAUCGAUAGAAACUAAUGAUCUCAGUUGUCCUAGACGAUGCGUCGGAAGAAGAAGCCGAAGAGCUUUUCCCUGACACCGGCAAGUCCUCGUCCGCUGGCCCACGAGUAUCAAGGAAAGAGCGAGAGGCGAGGCUGAAGCAGAUGAUGGAGGAUGAAGACGAAGAAGAAGACGAGGAGAUGCCAGAUGUCCCAGAACCCGCCGAAGAAUCCAACCCCAUCGACGAAGCACCGCCCAAGCCUCCUUCUCCCAAGGAGGAAGUUACUGUUGGGGGAGGACGUCGCAGAGGAAGGCGUCAAGUCAUGCAAAAGAAGACUGUCAAGGAUGACGAAGGAUACCUUGUAACGGUCGAGGAACCCUCCUGGGAGUCAUUCUCCGAGGAUGAGCCUGCACCGCCGCCCAAGAAGAAACCUGCCGUGAGCGCUCCAAAGGGCAAGGCAGGAGGUAAAGCAGGACAGGGUAGUAUCAUGUCGUUUUUCGGCAAAAAAUAGACAGGCAUUAGUGAUCUCAUGUUUUCUCAAGCGUGGAGUGAUCCAAGGCUUGUAGCAGUCUCGAGUGCGGUUAAGGGACCGGAAGGUUCUCUAAUGCAUGCGAAGUUGUAUAUCCCAUGGCUUCAACAACAUUCCAUAUUGAAGCGAACAUCUUAGCAUUGACUGAUCAUCAAAUGUCAUAUUCCUAAUGUCAAUCCCAUUCUAUCCACAGAUGGCCUGAGGCACCCACGGACACUCGACCCCGCACAAUUACAUAAGCCCCUCGAUGUCAUCGAAUUUCCGGCGUAACAAGAAAGCAAACAGCCUAAAGAUCUCUGCGAAUGAUCGGCAGCUCACUACGACGGUGACAGCGUUAUGGCGCAUAGUGUCAAGGAUGGGCCGGUCAAACCCCAACAAUAUAAAGUCGAUCGCGACCCUUGGAUCUACUGCGGUCCUUCCCCGGUUUGCGCUUCUCCGCAUUCCACGCCUUGGCACAGACAACAAAUAGUCCACUCUUCAAUCCACCUCCAUCUGUCCGGAUUUGUUUCUACAGACUGGAUUGGAUCAGCUUUGCGACUGCAAAGCAUAUAUGAAAUUCUAGUUCAUAGUUAAAUUUCCAGUUACCCAUCAUGACGCGCUCGUUGGCAGCGCUGAUCCUCAGCUUCACAUUUGCCUUGGGCGCAAGGGGUUCUGCAGGAUAUCCUGAUGAACCUGCGGUUCUUCGACGAGCAUGUCCGGACUAUGUAUCGUAUGCUUCAGUGCCACAUCCCCCAUAUAGCGACGGCCCACUCAAGCUCCCCUUCCAACGACCAGCAACCGAAUGCCGUACCUUCAGCUCUCCUGCUGUCGAACAAGUCAUUGAUGACAUUACCUCGCGCAUGAAAGACAAAGACCUCGCUCAGCUGUUUCGGAACGCUUUCCCGAAUACCCUGGACACAACUGUCCGAUGGCAUGUGGACGGCACCUCUUCAGUCGCAUCGAAAUCGCGAAGGGAUGGGUCUCAAUGGCAGGGUGCCCAGACCUUUAUUGUCACUGGCGAUAUCAAUGCGGAAUGGCUGCGCGACUCGACGAACCAGUUGACAGGGUACCAGGCCCUCGCGAAGAAGGAUAAGAAGCUAUACAGUCUCAUCCUAGGCGCAAUCAACACGCAGGCCGAGUUUGUCAUCCAAUCCCCAUACUGCAAUGCGUUCCAGCCUCCGCCGCCUAGUGGACUGGAGCCGGCUACCAACGGGCAAGACGACCAGGUGCAUCCGGCGUAUGAGUCCUCCGUGGUGUUCGAAUGCAAGUACGAGCUCGAUUCGCUAGCCCAUUUCCUUGCGCUGGGGACGGAAUUCUACGAAAGCACCCAAUCUACAGAGUUCCUGACCACCCGAUGGUACUCUGCCCUGGACACCCUUCUCAGAGUCCUAGACGCUCAGUCACAGCCGACCUUCAACGACAAGGGCCAGCACGUCGUCAACCAGUACACCUUCCAGCGUAAAACCAACCUCGGCACCGAGACCCUCAGUCUGGCUGGUGUCGGAAACCCCUUGAACCACGGCACGGGGCUUAUUCGCAGUGCGUUCCGUCCGAGCGACGACGCCACUAUUCUCGGAUUCUUCAUUCCCCCGAACGCGCAGAUGGCCGUGCAGCUCAAAAAGACGGCCAAGGUGCUCCGCGCAACCGGGGGCAAGGACGAUCUGGCGAAAGAGCUGGAGGAGCGUGGAGAUAAGCUCGACAAGGCGAUCAAGGAGCACGGCAUUGUCAAUCAUGCUAAAUACGGCGAUGUAUAUGCGUUCGAGGUCGACGGGUACGGCUCUCGGAUCCUCAUGGACGACGCCAAUAUCCCGUCCUUGCUUUCUUUGCCAUACCUGGGCUAUGUCAGCAAAGACGACAAGGUUUAUCAGAAUACACGCAAGAUGCUUCUCGAGAAGGACGGUAAUCCGUACUAUCUCACUGGUUCGGACUUCCAUGGCAUUGGUGGUCCUCAUAUCGGUCUCCAAAACGCCUGGCCCAUGUCCUUGCUCAUCCAGGCCAUGACCUCCGACUCAGACGCCGAAAUCACCGAGUCUAUCAAUCUGGUCCGUAACUCGAGUCUCCUGGGCCUUGUGCAUGAAUCGAUCAACGUCAACAAUAUUAAGGAUUACUCGCGUCCGUGGUUCGCUUGGGCUAACUCGGUCUUUGCACAAACUAUACUGAAGGUUGCUGCGGAGAGACCACAUCUUCUUUUUGGGGAGGGCGCGGAUCCGUAUAUAAUCGAGUAGAUAUUAUUAGUAUGGUACAGUAUAGGCAUAAUUAGGUAGCGGGGGUGAUGGUAUAUCCAUCCGACACAGACAAAGACAAGU